CAACAAACUGCCGUCCCGUCUGACCUACUGGGGAACCUUACACGAUGGCUGAAAUGGACGAGCAACCCCCCGCGCUUCAGGUCGAGGCUCUUCCCACUCAAGAGGUGCCAGUUCCCGGAAACCAAGAGCAAAACAUCAAUCCAUUCACAGUCGAAGGAGCCAUGGUUGACGGUAAAGUUGUCGCUAUCGAUUACGAGAAACUCAUUAGGGACUUUGGUACCAGACAUAUUUCUCCUGAGCUUCUCGCCCGCUUUGAGAAGCUUACUGGGUGUAGGCCCCAUCAAUUUCUACGAAGAGGAAUGUUCUUUUCCCAUAGAGAUUUUGAGAGAAUUCUCGACCUUUAUGAACAAGGGAAGCAAUUCUACAUCUAUACCGGGAGAGGUCCUAGUAGUGAGAGUAUGCAUCUUGGGCACAUGAUUCCCUUUAUGUUUACCAAGUGGUUGCAGGAAACAUUUGACGUUCCACUAUGCAUCAUGUUGACGGAUGAUGAGAAAUUUCUUUUCAAGCAAAACCUCACCAUCGAGAACGUUAAAGGCUUCGCCCGAAAAAACGCAAAAGAUAUCAUCGCGAUGGGCUUUGAUGUAAACAAGACAUUCAUAUUCUCUGAUCUUGAUUAUAUGGGAGGAGCUUUCUAUGAGAAUAUUUUGAAAGUAGCUCGUUGUAUUACUACAAACCAGAGUAAAGCAACGUUUGGUUUCAACGAUAGUGACAAUAUCGGCAAGCUGCACUUCACCGCCGUGCAAGCCAGCACGGCAUUCUCAACCACCUUCCCUCACAUAUUUGGUGACGAUCCCAUCAAAGUGAGACAGAUCCCGUCCUUGAUCCCUUGUGCUAUCGAUCAAGAUCCGUACUUUCGCCUUACAAGAGACGUCGCUGGAAGAUUGAAGUACCAAAAGCCAGCUUUAAUUCAUGCAAAAUUCUUUCCAGCCCUUGGGGGCUCUGGUAGCAAGAUGAGUGCCAGCAUCGAUACCAGCGCGAUCUUCAUGAGUGAUACUCCGAAUGCAAUUCGGAAGAAGAUCAACAAGUAUGCCUUCUCCGGGGGGCAGACAACUACUGAGGAACAACGCCUGUAUGGAGGUAACCCAGAUGUCGAUGUCUCAUUUCAGUACUUGACUUUCUUCCUUGAAGACGACGAAGAACUAGAAAGCAUACGUCAAUCAUACCUAAAGGGUACUCUCCUCACUGGAGAACUUAAGGCCAGGUGUAUCAAGGAGCUACAGGACUUUAUUGCAGCCUUUCAGGAGAGAAAGAAGGCCGUUACGGAUGAGAUUUGCGCAGAAUUCAUGAGGCCAAGGUCACUUACUUGGGGCCACGGCCGGCCUAGGGAUGGGGAUGUCGAGAGCGUUGUUGAGAAGGUCAAGUCGGCUACUGUUGGUUAGAUCAAUGCCAUUGCGGUUUUCGGGGCCCGUCGAUAUGUAGAUCAGAACAUAACAAAUACCCAUUCUCGUUCUCAGAAUCGGGUCCUUGGUGCUUGGUGCUUGAUUCAUGCCUAUCCUUUGAUCCGACACCGGGAGGUAGACCUAGGAAGAUAAGGCGUUGUUUCGGAACUUGACGGUAGAAUGGCUGUUAUUCUAUUUUCUAAAUUGCACUCGUAGUAGUGGGAUGUUGUAUAAUAUUGGACUCCACCCAGCCUGGGUUCGUGGAAAUUGGUGGGCACAGGCGCU